AUGGGCUUCGUGUACGAAUUGAAGAUGGCGCUCAAGGCCAUGGGCGACAUGAGGGCACCGAAGCCGACGUUCAGCACGGACCAGAUCCCGGACCUCACAGGGCGUGUCAUGAUAGUAACGGGCGGUAACACGGGUAUUGGUAAGGAGACCAUCAAGGUGCUCCUACAGCACAAUGCAAAGGUCUAUAUGGCUUCGCGGAGCCCGCAAAAGGCUGAGGCUGCCAUCGCAGAGCUCAAGGAGGAAACAGGGAAGGAAGCCGUAUUUCUCGAGCUUGAUCUAACAAGCUAUGCGUCUAUCCACAAGGCGGCGGAGGAGUUUUUGAGUAAAGAGGAAAAUCUUCACGUACUCUUCAACAACGCCGGCCUGAUGUUGUGUCCUAUCGACAUGCUCGGUCCGGAAGACUACGACCUACAAUGGUUUACGAAUGUCGUGGGCCCGUUCCUCUUUACGAAGCUGCUCCUUCCGGCACUGAUCGCGGGCAAGGCGUCCUCACCGGACGGCCACACCCGCAUCAUUGCUACAUCUUCGUCGGGCUCAUACCUCGGGAUCAUUCACUGGGAUACGCUCAAGGAUGGCCCAGCGCGGCGGAAGACGAACUCACAGGAGCUGUACUUCCAGUCGAAAUUCGCAAACGUGGUCGUCACCAGGCAGCUUGCCAAGCGCUAUGCUGACCAGGGUAUCAUCGCCGUCUCGCUGAAUCCAGGAAAUAUCAGCACGGACUUACAGCGUUAUAUGUCCGGCAUACAGAAGCGAAUUAUUGCCACCCUUCUUCAGCCUGUGCAGCUAGGUGCGCUCACACAGUUGUGGGCGGGAACGAUGCCGGGCGCGCUGGAGUUGAACGGAGGGUACUUGAUCCCGUGGGCGCGUGUCGGGUCAUGCAGACGGGAAGCGUAUGACGACGCUCUCGGGGAGAAGCUAUGGGAGUGGCUGGAGAACGCGGUCAAUGAUAAGUAGCUGGUGCUAGGCUUCAGGCAUACCUGUCUCUAUACCCACGCGGACUGACGUAGAUGACGAUAUUCAUGGGGACUGACCAUACCGCGGUUCUGUCAAGCACGCUAUGCAUGUCGUCGUUCCUGGCCAGAAGUGGUUGCCGUUGGGUGAAAUGCGUCCUCCACUCGGAUACCCGCGUGGCGGCAGUGCUGGUUCAAGCGCAUCCCGAUUUGGACAGAGAUGCCUGCCAGACGUAGCGGAGCAGCUGUCAUAGUGCAUACGGACCGUCAUGAACUUGCAGCGCGCUGUUUCUCCUCUGCGCCAUCCUUCCGAGACAGAUUCCUCCAAGCAAAAGCCGUUAUCAGGUCGUGUUCACGCGCGGACAUGUUGUAUACAAUGGACGACACCACAGUAGUUGUCCUACAUCCUGACGACACACAAUUGGCCGCACCGAUAGCGGUGCAA